GUGGAAGUGGAGGGAGAAAACGGGUGUCCAAUCCUGCGUGGUCAUCCACGAUUUGUGGUAUCUGGAGAUCCAGCAGGGAAAGUGAGACUCCACAGUCCCUCCAACCUUCGUGUUGAGCAUGUCCUGGAUGCUCACACGGGAAGCCUGUCAGAUUUUGAUGUCCACGGAAACACUGUUGUGACCUGUGGAUUCUCUAGCAGGAUGGGGAAUCUUGCAGUGGAUCACAUUCUGAUGGUGUAUGACUUGCGGAUGAUGAGGGCCACGACACCUGUGCAGGUGGCUAUGGAGCCAUUCCUUCUCCGCUUCAUCCCUUCGUUCUCCUCCCGCUUGGCCAUCCUGUCUGCCUCUGGCCAAUUGCAACUCCUGGAGACAAGCAAUUCUGAUCUCUGUCUCUGCCAGGUUGAGACACCAGGUGCAAUGUUCCUGACCUUUGACAUUGCUCCUACAUGCCAAGCCAUGGCAUUUGGGGACUCUGCAGGGUACCUGCACGUCUAUGCGACAAAUCCAGAAGCCAUGUUCAAUGCUCACCCAAGGGAUACGGAGUUCCCAGACCCCAUCGAUCCCAUUCCACACAUUCCACUCGAUGAUGUCCUUGCUCCACUUGCCUCUGUCCCCCUCCCCUUCUGUCCUGCGGGUCAGCCUUAUCUCUCCGAUUGGCCUGCUCAGUUUACCAAGAAGGUGUACUGGUGA